AUGUCCGCGUUUGACAUAGUCGGCGUGGUAGCCGCUGCUAUGCAAUUUUCUAUAUACAUCACGAAGAUUGUAAACUACAUAGAUCAGAACAAGAAAGCGGGCAAGGAUUACCACGAAAGCUUGGUCGAACUCCAGUCGAAACUCAAGCUGUUUCAAAGGACCCUUGAUUCUCUCCAACGCAUCGCAGAGACAAUCAAAUGGUCGGAGAACCGCACGGAAAUGGAAUCAAUCGCCUUGGUACCCAUGAAAGAGGCGAUUGAAGAAACCGAGAAGAUUCUGAAACAACUAUUCACUUGCCAGGAGAAAUAUCAAAGGCCUAACGACUGCCCGAGUCUUAUGCUUGUAAUGCACUAUUGGGUUUUCGAACAUAAAGGUAAAAUAAUUGUUAAAAACGGAAUCAACGAGAUUACGGAUCGCGUGGAGGCUAUCAAGAUCCUACUUGCUGAGAUUCUAACGCAUGUGGCAAUCGAUGGCAGAGAUGUUACACAUGAUGUGAACAAGCGCUUAUGUGAACAAAUGACUAGUGAUCAUCCACUAUAUAGCCGAACAGGGUCUAGUGGCUGGGCUGCCUCGAAUACCUCAAAUCCCUCAGCCAAGUCAUGGGGCUCGACUGCGUCAGAAUCGGCUGAUAUAACGACACGUUCUGACUUCGAGACGGAAAGCUGGUUAAAACAUCUCGCAAGCCAGUGGGACAUCGAUCUACCAAUGGAUGAAGAGGUUGCUACUGUUAAGAGAUCAGAUCUCUCAGCUAUUAUCACCGCGAUCAAGGAAAAGAACUACAAAAUCGUCGCUAGACUAUUGCAGAGUGUAAAGGAUCCUUUGGCAAAAGAUGACAAUGGUUGGUGCGCCUUUCACUACGCCGUACGAGUUGGCAGCAAAACAGUCAUGCGCGAGCUUCUCGACUCCCAGAAGGUGAAGGAGAGUAGAGGGUUCGACAUCGGCGACAGUAACGGAGAUACCGCCCUUCAUUUCGCAUCACUUCUUGGGAUGGAAGCUAUGGCCAAGGAGUUACUCAAAGCGGGUUGCAACAAGAAUGCUUUAAAUAACAGCGGCCAUUCGCCGCUGUCUAUUGCAGUCAACAAGAAGAAAGUCGGUAUUGUCGAGAUUCUGUUAGAAUAUAAAGCAGAAUGUAUACCCCCAAACCCGGAAAUUCUCAGGAAAAUUCGCAACGAAAUCAACUACCUCAAAGAUAUUGCCGCGUUCCCACGAAAGCCCCACGAUUCUGUUUUGGGUGACAAGAAAGGAUUAUUAUUAAAACAUAUCUAUUAUAAGAUGAAGUCAACAAUAAUAGCGGCGUUUCGAACCACGAAGUGGCCAGCAACACGCUAG